AUGGGCCGCACAUCCAAAUUCACCUUCCCCGUCCCGGGGAGGAAACAGAAACCGCCAUUUGGACCGAUCGUGUCGGGGCCGAUGUCCAAGGCGCAAAAGAUCCUGGGCACCGCCGAAAUCAACAUCGACGCACCGCGCCAAUGGGACACCGCAUCGAACUCGGGCAUCAGCGUAUCCGUAUCCGAAAGCACCGCUACCUAUAACAUGAGCGAGAGGAGCCGGGCCCCGCGCCACGAAGAGGAGGGCUUUCCAGGAAACAGCAGCCGCAGAAGCACGCAAUGGGAGCAGGAGUCCGAGAUCGUGCCAGCAUUCCUCGCAAAUCGCUUUUCGCAACUGCACACCACCGACGGCGGCCAGAGAGAGUUCACCGAGACGUCGAGCCUCACCCGGCGAGGCUCGACCUCGACCAUCACCUCGUGGUACGACAAGUCCAAGAUGCCGCUGUCGAUAUCCCAGCAGACUUCGUCAUCCGCAAUGGCAAAGGGGCUUCCCCAGAAGGCGAACGCUGUCCUUGACAUCGAAGGAAAGGAAUCGAACCACAUGGCCUCGUCAAGUCCGAAAGCCAAGAAGCGGCCGAGUCGGUUGGACUUGGGCGAUCUGUUAUCCCGGCAUAAACACCACAGCCUGAAAGGCAAAACCGACAGUCGUUCUGUUCUCGGGCCGGACCACAAGAACAGGUCGCCCUCGCUCGCAUCCAUCUCUUCGCCCCGAGUGGCGCCGCCGCCAAUACAGCAAAGAACCGAGAGGAAACUGACGAGGAAGAACACGUUCGACAGCAUCAACUCCAUGGGCAGCCGACCGAGGACGGGGUCCAGUAGUCGCAGAGGCGCCAACGACAUUAGCAACCUCCCCAACUUAUAUGAGCACUACGAGCAGAUGUCGUUCGAUCAGGUCCUCGGUCACGAUGGUCCCUUGGCCGCCUCAGGACCGUCUUUGGCCGGUGCCGGAUACACGCCGCUGAGAUCGCCAUCGGCGACGGAUCAAAAAAAGACCUUCACGAGGCCGCCGCUUCGGCACGAAGGCACAUCGUCGAUGUAUCAGACUCACUAUGGCGCAUUGCCGGAACCUUCCAAGCCCGUGGGCCAGCCAUUGAUGCAGACGGACCGUGAUUGCGCGUCCAGUGUCUCGAGCCGCUACACGAAGACUUCCAAGGCGUCCAAACGAACGAGCCAGAGUCUCAAUGGAUCCGAUUUGAUGGAGAAGAGCGUGCUGUCGCUUUCGUCCGACUCCGAGGACGAUUUCUUCCCCGACUCCGUCUCGAAGUUCACCGGGGGAUCUCGGAGUAGCGAUGCGGGUAGCCUGGCCCCCUCGUCUCUGAGGUCAACGCACUCCCGGGACGCCCCGUCUCUGGGGCAAAGCUCAAGAAAAUCGGCCAAGCACGCCAGCUUUGCGCCAACCAACACCUACUUGACGAUCCCCAGCAAGUCGCCGCCGGGUAAGCCUCCCAUUGUCAACCCUCGACUGAGCUCUCUGCCCUCGACAACGUACCAGCCCCCAUCUUCAUCGAACCGCUUAUCGCGGUAUUCGACGACUUCAUCGUCAACGACAUAUUCUGUCGGCGACCGCCCGAUCCGCCCCCCGACGUAUGGCGGUCAUGACUCCCGAGCAUCGUCAUUUCCGCCCUCGGAAUCGUACUCGACUACCGACCGCGGCCAAUUGCCACAGCGCAUGCUUUCCACCAAGUCGUCUUCCGUUCAUUCUGUCGACCAGCCAACCCCGCCAAUGAGCCCAACGUCGGUCGAGUCCUUCAUGGCUUCGGGGGCGUCCCCGGACGCCCAUGGCACAACUGACUCUCGGUUCAUGGCCGUCACACGACAGGAAGAAAUGCUGCUCGCGGCUCUUCGAAUGAAACGGGCCCGGAUGCGUGAGUCGGUUAUAGCCGAGUACGACGACGAGCCGAUAACCCCGUCUUCGUAUCACCAGCGAAACUCGUCGCAGGGCACCAUCACCAACAUGGAUUGGCCCGAGCCGCCACAGACGCUUCGUCACCAGUCAUCGACAACCUCGAACAGCACAAUCAAGGCGGGCUCGUGCACGUAUGACAGUCGCCCGGUUUCGUUGGCGCCAGGUAAAAGCCUUCAACGCAGCGGUUCUCGUCAUCUGAACCCCACCGCGCCAUCUUCUCAACCAGCGUCCGUGAUGCCGUCGAGAGCAGGUAGCGUGAAGAAGACGAUGCCGGUCCAAGAGGCAAUUCAAGCCGGGGCCAAGCAAGAGCGGAUCCUGCUGUACCUGGACAGGCCAGUGGGCAACGUCAACUCGAUGGAUUUUGCCGAACCCAGUCCCGACCUGAGCGACUUCAUGGAUUUCGACAAUGGCAGUGACGACGAAGACGAGUUAUCGAGCGACAUGGCCCCCUUCCGGGGCCGUGACCCCCGACACGCCAUGGGCACCAAGAGCCGCGGACAAAUGCUGAGAACAGGCGACCGGGCCCGACACGAGCCUUCGCCGCUGAGGCCGAGAGGCGAGAUCGCAGGCACGGAGCGUGUUCGGGUCGUGGGAACCGACAGAGAUGUCGAUUCACGGUGCGGAACCCCGCGGCCGGAUUCGCCCGUGUCGCCUGAAGGCACACUAGGCCUUCCCAACAAAACUCUAUCGAAGAAGAAGGCCGUGAGACUGAGCGCGGUCGGUAAUGCUGGGGUCGAAGCUGCCUGGUGGGGUGAUGAUGGUUGA